AUGAGACCUCAGCCCAUACAACGAAGAUCAACCCUGAAGCGAUCCAUCGAUAAGACCAGUUUUAUGGAGACACCGUCGAGUCCCUCCAAACGCUCUCGCGUGACUUUCGAUUCCGAUGUCGAGAUUGUGUCUGCGGACGAUGACGAGGACCUCGAUCCUCUGGUCGUCAAGGAGCAGGUGCGGAGAGCAAUUGAAAGACACCGGUUCAGAGAAGACGAGGCAUACGAACGUGUGAAAGGUUAUUUCAGUACAUCACCUGACAAACCAAACGCCCCGUCCACAAAGGUGCUCAAAUUCCACCUUCAGGCUGUCCUGGCGAACGUCACGUCCCUUGAUAAAGACUGCAGCGGUUUAGUCGAUGCAGUUCUGAACAGUGAAUGGGUCGGGAGAGACGAACAAUAUUAUGCGAUCUUUGUCAGAUUCCUCAACAACCUGGCCGCUGCGCAACGAGGUUAUCAGCACAAGAUCAUGUCGGUCCUGGUCGAUCUUUUGGGACCGCAAAGAACACGGCGAAUUGAAAGCUCAGCACCCGUCAGGCAGCCAAAGAUCUAUCGAAGAGUCCUGCAAGCCAUUCAACAUAUCACCGUCAAUGUUCCUUCCUCGCCUGCCGCUCUCGCCAAUCGAGUCGCUUCCCGCCUCCAGUUUGAUUUCCAAAAGGCGGAUGAGCGCAUGACAUACAUACGAAACUUUAUGGAGAUGAUCAAAUACGUGCCAGAGCUCACUUCGGAAAUCCUGUCGUGUGUAUUGCGGGAGCUUAUCAAGCUUGACGUCUCCGUUCAGGUUGACCUGGAUGAAGAGGAAGAGGAUGCAGAAGACGACUUGCUCAGCCACAUGUCCUCAUCGCAAACACUGGUUGCACGCUCAUCUCAGGACAUGCUUAUCGACGGUCUUGAUGAUCAAAGUGACGACAUUAGCACCAGCGACGAAUCCGAGAUGGAUGAAGAUGAAGAGACUGAUCCCGCCACCGUACGGCGGCGCAAACUGAAGGAAGACAUCAAGCAGGUUGACCUGAUCAUGGACAUUUUGUUUCAAUAUUACGCCAAACUCACCACAUCUGCCGCGCUUCAAGCUCGCGACAACGCUGUUGAGCAGCUCAUUUCCCAAUUCCACACUCACAUCCUUCCGACAUACCGGGCCCGUCACCCGCAAUUCUUGGUCUUCCACUUCGCUCAAGCAGACCCCAUCGUCGUCGACCGCUUCGUCACUUCUUGUGUCGCUGUUCUCGUCGACAAGAAGCAGCCGCACCUCCUCCGGCACAGCGCCGCAGCGUAUUUCUCGGGCUUCGUCGGACGUGGCGCCCAUGUUUCCCCACAGGUGGUGCACGAUUGCUUGGACUUGCUCUGCGACCAUCUGACCAUCCUGCGGAAAUCCUACGAGCCCACAUGUCGCGGCCCAGAUCUGAAACGCUACGGCGACUUCUAUGCCGCCUUCCAAGCAAUCCUGUACAUCUUCUGCUUCCGCUGGCGGGACAUCGCUUCCGCCCAUUCCGACGACGAAUCCGACUUCGACGCUGACGAGGAAGAAGUUGAGACGUACCACUUCACCGAGUUACUUCGCGAAACACUUCGGGCGGCGAUCUACUCACCACUCAAUCCCUUGCGGGUCUGCACGCCAGUCAUAGUUGAGCAAUUCGCCAAGCUGACGCACGCGCUGCAAUUGUUCUAUGUGUAUCCGAAACUCGAAGAGAACAGACAUGUGCGGGUAACCGGCCAUUGGCGCAGCGUGUCUGAUUUGACCAUUAGCAACCCCGAUCGGGACUUGAGCUGGGUCGGUGAUAAUGGCAUGUUGGAAGGAUACUUUCCCUAUGACCCAUACCACUUGCCUAUUAGCAAGCAUUGGAUCGAGGGGGACUAUGUUGAGUGGCCAGGCAUCCCCGGGGAAGAGGUCGAGGACACGGAUUCUGAAGAUGAUGCAGGCAUGGAUGUUGGAGGGACGGAUGAACAUGACCAUGAUCAUCUUGGUGACGAGUCGGGCGGUGAAUGA